AUGUCUGGCUCGAUGCAUCACAGGCAACAGCUCCAGAGGAUCAUUCCGCACACCUUCGAAGGCUGCCCUACCGGACUAUAUCCGGUACGUUGUAUCGACGUAACGAUACUGUAUUGUUGGCAUUUGACAAGCUCUGAUUCGGAGCUAUUUUUGCUCUCAAUCAACGGAACUGGCUCUUCCAUAAGAAGCAGAACACCGAAUGGUCACCUCCAACAGCCUCAACGACAAAAAAAAAAACAUUCAUCGAAAUACAAUAUCCGAAUUGUUUGCUGCUCGGUGUCUCUCCUGCCAUUGCUUCCCCCGUCCCAUAACUCCAUCCUGUUCUCUCCAAUUUGGACCGUCGCAUCGACCAAAGACAAGCCCAGUGUGUCUGGCGCGAUCUUGGGGUCUGGAAGAUCCUGGCGCCUAGAAUAUGUUUGUGAGGGGCAAAACAUAAAUCUAGCAAGCUUCGUUCUCGAAAAGACAGAAAGAAGGGCCGAUAUCCAUAUCCCAGGACAUUUUCUUAGCAAAUGUCAAUCCACGGCCGUUCUUCAACGGUCGCGAACCUGGGCAGCUCUAGACCAGCUUGACCAGAAUGUUAGAUCCAAGGUUCUGGCCAAGCCACAUAUAUGUGCCCCAACUCGAUAUCGUCAUCAUAUCCAGUAUAUCCUUCAAAACUCACUGGAACCCUGGUCCGAGGUAAACGUUACAUCGAUGUGGGGACGAUCAAGCGAAGGGUUGCUUGAUGGCACGAUGGAAGCAUCCAGAUGGCUACUGCACUGCACGACUUUGGACUUUGUUGCAGACUCUAUCGUUACCAUCCUGGACACGCAUCAUCGUAAAAUUGCUGACGGACCACUGGUCCCUGCAUCCGCGGUCGGAUCAAUGCUACGUGUGACGAAGCUAUGA